AUGGCUGUCUGGGAGACCGACGACGAGCAUAGCGGCCCGGUCGCCGCGACCGCAUUGCCCACGCCACAAGACACACCUUACAGAACACCAUCGCGAAGUUCGAGAAAGUCCCGCCGCUCUGUCACUCCUCCGAAUGGAAAAAAGAGCCCCUCGCCACCUCCCGUACCCAAUGAGAAGAGCUCGAAGCGGUCUUCGAGAAAUAUCACCAACGAUGACAACAUCAGCGUCCUCGACCCUCGCCGUUUUACUCCGACUUUGCACGCUAACCUCGUGGCCGAGAUCUUGAAUUUGAGACGCGAUCAGGAGGAAAAGACGAAGCUGAUCGAGAACCUGGAGGCAUCGCUACACGCCUCACGCGAGGAACAGGAGUCACUUCAGGAGUCGGUGGCUACCACUACCAAGGAAAGUCGCUCUCUGAAGCGCCAAUUGGCCUUGCUUGAGGGCGGAACAUCCUCAGCACUCGGUGAACUCGCCCGAGAGAGAGACGAGGCAGUCGACUCCAUUUCAGAAACGAAGAAGAGACUCGAAGUUGCCCAGAAGAAGAUCCGAAGCCAAGAGGAGGACUCACAAAGGGUUCACGAGCUGUGGGCCCAAGACAAAGACUCCUGGGAGGAAGAAAAGCGGAAAUAUGAACGCAGAGUUCAUGUUGCCGAAAGCCGCCUGAAGGUGGUUCUCGACGAGGUCACCGCAUACCAAGCUGCUCAGGCCAACGGCAACGCUGCAGAUAGCGAGAUGGAGGACAACAAGGACGACGCCGCCAGUGUUCGUACCAUGAGCCUGACAAACAGCAUUCGAUUUUCCAUGCAGCAGAGCCCCGGCAAGGUCAACAACAUCAACUCCCUUGCCGACGAACUCAACCUCGACGGCGACGAUGACUGGCAAACCGAUGACGGCGGCCGCGAGAGUGCCAUGUCCUACCAUCGUCACACCCGAAACAUCAGCCGAGAGAGCGUCCUGUCCAGAAUCCAUCGUCGAAACCAGAGCCUCGAAAGCCCCCAGCGUCCUGGAAGCGUCACCCGUGGCAGGUUGUGGAUGAACCAGCCGGUAUUGGAGGCUCUGGAAGACGGAAUCCAAGAGGAUGACGAGGACUUGAUGCCCCCUCCGCCGCCGCCUGCUCCCAAGGUCACUUACACGGACACUGGAAUUCAAUUUUCUCCUCCGCCGUCACCAAAGCUCGAACCAGUCAAGCCGCCUACUCCGGAGCCUCCUGCCAAGAUCGAAGAACCUGUCAAGGCUGAAGGGUCUGUCAAGGAAAAGACGAAGGUUCAGCAAGAAAUUGAGGCAAUUGAGGCCAACCAAAGGCGGAAGCGGGUUCAGAUCAACCGGCCGUUGUCCAUUGAGCCUCGUCCCUAUAACCACAUGGUCUCAGCCGGAUCCCAGACUGUCGAAGAGCCCCUGAGCCCGCCCAAGACGCCCAAAUCACCCUACAGGUCUUUGACGCCGCCUCCCCCUGAAGUCCCGGCAGCCGUCAUGAUCUCGUCUUCCACCCAGACCGACUUGCCCGAGCCCAAGCCUGAGGAGAAGCCCGAACCGGCCCCCGAACCGAAGCCCGUCCAAGAACUGCUCAUCCCUAGCAUUAGCAUCAUUCCUCCGACGACUCGACCUUCUACGCCUCAGGAGCCCCGACUGCCGCAAUACUUCAAGGACUUUGGUUGCCAGGUCUCCAUCAUCUCAUCAGUGCCUAUGAAGUCUACUGCCGUGCAGACCGAGGAGAUUCUUGUCGACAGACGCCUGGCCAACCUUCCUGCUCACCUUCAACCCUCCGCCAUCAUAUCCAGACCUACGUCCCCUAACAUUGCUACCGCCAUCACGACAGACGAUACCCGUCACUUCACACCAGUGCCCAACCAUCUCCCACCGAGGAACCCGAGGAGACUGACCAGCAAGCGUAGUCUCACCGACAUGCCAUCUUCCCCGCCAAUCUCGCCCGUGUCUGACAGAGAAACGCGGGAUGCAUACCCAGGCAACAAUGAUGACGGGCCCUUAUCUGGCCACAAAGCACCCAUGAGACGACCUCACCGCAUCAGCAGCCUCUUCGCUGGCUUCGAUGAACACAGCUCUGACGAGCAGGACGAGUUUGGUGAUGCGGAUGUGAGCGACUCUGAGUACCGAACCGUCUUGUCUGCCCCCGGCAUGAGAAUGACGGACUCAAGGGCGUCCAACAGGACAUCGGUGAGCACCUUCGUGGCGUCACCGGCAUCUCCGGAGCAAGUCUUGAAGAAGUCUGCCAUUGCUAGAAGCUCGGUACGCUCUAUGGGCACCGAGAGCUACGGCUUUAGCUUGGAGAACAAGGAGAUGGUCCCGAAGAAGCCGCCCAUGAAGUCCGCGGCGCGUGGCGGAUACGACAGAAACAACGCCGGCCCAUCAAGCAGACCGAACGGUAUGCGCAAGGCCGCAUUGAUCCAGAGCGGUAUCUCGAGCCACCAGGGCCGUCCCAGAAGCCCUAGUGUUCCUGAAGCUCAGCCUCCCUUUCCCAUUCCCACGAGAGCCAGUUCUCGCCGGCCACCUUUCAGUGCCAGCGCUCCCAGCGAUGGCCAGCGAAGUCCGACAAAAAUGGACGCUCCUUGGCAUCGCCGGGGUGUUGGCCGAAGCCACUACCGUGCCAACAGCAUCCGCAAGACUCGGUCUGCCGCUGCCCUUCCCCGCGGACAGCGGAACCGGAGGCAAGGCAGUCGGUCGCCGCCGCCGUUCCCGCAAAGCAUCGAGACCCCGGAGAGCCCCAGCCUCCCUCCUCUUCCGUACAACGACAUUACCAGCCCCGGAUACGACAACCGCUCCCAAUACCGGUCGCACAGGUCUCGCCUGUCUACAAACACGGCCCAAACCGGCACCACUGAUCUUGCAUCCGUCGGUGGCGUCUCCAAUGGAGCUGCCUCUAAUGGCGCUACAUCGAACGCUCCCUCUAGCGCAGCCGCUUCCAACGGCGGUUCGCAGGCGACUGGUGUUGUUGAUGCCAUCGCGCAAACCAUGGUUGGUGAAUGGAUGUUCAAGUACGUGAGGAGGCGCAAGUCUUUCGGCGUAUCGGACGGCGGCAAGGACGAUUCCAGCAACGACCGUCACAAGAGAUGGGUCUGGCUUGCUCCCUAUGAGCGAGCUAUCCUCUGGAGCAGCAAGCAGCCCAACUCCGGCAGCGCCCUCAUGGGCAAGGCAGGUCGCAAACUAACCAUCCAGUCGGUGCUCGACGUCAAGGACGACAACCCCCCUCCUCGCGGCCAAGGUUCCAUCUUCCAUCGUUCGAUCCUCAUCCUGACGCCACAAAGAGCACUCAAGUUCACGGCUUCCUCUUCCGAACGACACUACGUGUGGUUGACAGCCCUGUCUUUCCUCGCACACUCCACCCAGGCCAUUCCCGAGAUCAUGCCUUCCCCUCAACCUGUAAAGGAAACAACGGUACCGGACUUUGAGAUGCCUCAACCCGCCAGGCGACCCGGCAUUCGUGAUUCCAUUCGACUGACAAAGAGCAAGGCCCCGUCAACAAGGAAUGCAGCACCCAGUGUCCCUAGUAUCCCGAGCGUCCCAAGCGUACCUAGCAUCCCUAGCGUUCCCAGCAUCCCCUCAUCGCGAGUAGGGGAUGGAGCCAACAACAGGCAGCAGGAGCAGCAGUACGCUCAUAUGCCAAACAACAAUAACAACAACAACAACACCCACCAACGGGAGAGAUCAAGCGAUGCGGCGGAACCGCCGUUCAUCCCUCGAUUCACAGAGCGCGGCAACCAGGCUUUGAUUCAUGGCCGCAAGCGCAGCAACACCGGCGGCCACGUCCCGCCACCAUUAUCCUUCCGCGGCUUCUCUGGGCCCGGUAGCAUCGGACAACACAGCUACACCAACAGCAACGCCGGCAACAGCGUCGGCACAGCCGGCUCAUCCGACAUCUACCAGUCUCAUCAGUCACAGCCGUCCACCGGCGGCGCGCCCAGCUGGGGCAUGAGCACGGCCGGCUCCCAGCGCACUUCAGAGGCCUCGUCACGGCCCGGCGCCAACUUCUUCGACGCCAUCGGCACGGUGCGGAUGGAGGCCUUCAUCAGCCCCUUGGCGUACUCCCGUUUCGACGGAGAUCCCGACGAACAGGAGGAAUUCAGGUACCGAGCUCGAAGGAGAAGCAAGGAGCUCCGGCGCCGACAGAGUCGCAGCCGCCACCGCGAUAGCUACAGCUCCCGCGGCACUCGUACCACUGACGGCCACUACAGCCGCAUGGGCACAGAGGAUGAUUUCUUCAGGGACGAUCCCUUCAAGGGUUUCUAG